AUGCUUGAGAAAGGUAUUCCAGCACAUAAAGACAGAGCACUUUUGAACAUGAUUUCACUUUUCCCUAAUGUUAUGAACUCUAUUUCUGAUCUUACUAAAGAGAUUGAUAUUGUUGGCAACUCACUUAACAAUGAAGAAGCAGACAUCAACGAACUUAACAAGAAAGAAGUUAUUUCUGAUCUCAUCAAUAACUCAAAACUUGGAAAUUACGCAUAUGUUAUUAUUUAUUUUAUUGUUGUUUGUGUUUUGUCGAUAGCAGGAUUUUGUAUAUAUACAUUGAUUUUCAAAUACAAAGUAUUAGAUAACAUUGCAGACAGUGCGAAUUUCUUGUAUCAAGCAGAUUCUAUGUUACAUCAUUAUUCUAAUUACUUGUUUUUGAAAGUUAUGAAUUAUGCAUACAACAAAGCACCAAAUUCCAUUUUCAGUAAUUCAGACACUCAAAUGAACAAGAUUUCACCAUUUUGGUAUAAAUCAGGUCAUGCAAAGAAGAUUGAGAUCAAUGAUGAAACAGUUGCAAAUAAUAUUGGAAUAAUUUUAUUAUAUGUUGCAGUAAAUGGAUUAGGUUCCUGA